AUGAUGCGUUCGCUUGAAUUCUCACUCACCUUCUCUUUUCGCUCCUCUUCCAUUCCGUCUAAUGGAGCAUUGGCAUACUGCCUCAAAGCCGCAACCGUUAGUGGCAGUAUACCGAUACCACUGUUUCAAAAUUAG